CCUGACAUCACCCGAGUAAUCGCGCACUGGACAGACGGUGACCGCAUUCGCCCGGCGGCCCCCAAUCGCUUGGGCAUUUCGCAGCUCGCGCCGCAGCUUCCUCCGAGGCAGGCACCAACCCUUUCAACAGCCGCUUCCAAGAUUCCUGGCAGUCGACGUUAUAUUGCUGCGAGACCAGUCUCGUUAUUCGUGCUUGCAUGCUUUAUUGCUAACGUCGCACCGCAAUGCACAUUCGAUUGUCACCGUACCAUUACAUUCGCUGAACGCCGGUGACGUGGACCCUUCUCAGAACCGACUAUUUGUUGCUGUCCCGCUGCCCGGCUGCCACGGCGGGGAAAGCUGCAGAGAGCCACGCCCACACCCGGCACAAGCGAUUGUGGUAAACCGCAGCCAUGGCGGGCAUGGAGCAGCUCGAAGUCCACAGCAAGUCGUACCUCGUCCGCUGGGUGAACGUGUCUGCCGGACACACAAUCUCCUGGAGCAUACAGCCGCACAAGAAGUCGAUCAACUUCGGUCUGUACAAGCACCCCGGCGCAGCGACCGGAAAUACAACCACCGUCACCGCCGUCUCCACCUUCGAACCGCCUCCGACACCUGGCCUCGAAGUGCCCAACCCCUCCGGGCGCGGGCGUGGCCAGUCCACCUCGCGCAAUGACAGAACCGUCGUCUUCGAGAAGCUGGACAAGAUUGGCCUGAAGCAGGUUCACUGGGUCGGGAAAUGCGAGGCCGAGAAAGUGUCCAUGGGGACUUGGGAUGUACCCGACCACGAGGGUGGCAUGUACGGUCUGGUCUUUGACAACACCUUUUCCAAGACCGUCUCCAAAAUGGUCACCUUCGUGCUGAUGACAUACCCGACCAAUGCACCACCCAAAUCAGGACACCACAUGCACUAUGCCCAGGCCAUGGGCGGGCAAAGUUCGACCAGCCUAGGGUCGAGCCCAGCACUGGGACCAACGGCGGCACAGUCUUCCGAGUCGCUGCCGCAUCCGCCGCUCGCUGAUCGACCCAAGUCGUCGUACGCAGUCGCCCCGUCGGCGAGCUCUUCGUUCCUCACUGGUGUCCUGCAGAAGAAGCGGAGGAAGAGGAACCAGGGAUACGCUAGGCGAUUCUUUUCGCUCGACUUUACAUCUUCGACGCUCUCUUACUACCGGAACGACCAUUCUUCCGCGUUGCGUGGUGCCAUUCCCCUUUCGCUAGCCGCCAUUGGCGCGAAUGAAGAGACGCGGGAAAUAUCGGUAGACUCGGGAGCGGAGAUCUGGCACUUGCGGACGAACAACACGAAAGACUUCGACACAUGGAGGGACGCACUCGAUCGAGCUUCGCGGCAUGCAGGGAUCGCCUCGCCAACACUGCAGAUACCUGACAGUUCCUCUAAGAGCGGAUCCCACAUUCUGAAUGCAGCAGAAGAAAACGAAUGGGCCAGAGUCGAAACUCUGGUAGGCAGAAUUGCAGGCACAAGAGAUGCGGUACGAAGACUUGCUCAGGACACAGACCCAAAAUACAACCAAGCGCCAGCAUCAGCGCCCGUUCCAGUCAGACAGCCUCAGGACAGCUUGUCACCCAGUCCAUCGGAAGAGAGCAGCGACUUCUUCCUGGACGACAAAAGCUUCGACAAGAAGGCAUUUUGGAAACGAAAAGCAAGCAGUUCGGGAGGCCACAGCCCUUCGAGCCUGUUCCGAAGAAGUGUCUCUGCUCAGACAGGGGUUGCAGCACCGAGCGCUGUCCCGCCUGUUCCUCCUCUUCCUCCCCUUCCUCCCAAUGGGAGUCUGUCGGUUCCGAAACGAAACAACCGCCUCAGUGUUGCAAACUCAACACAUGAAGACGGCCUUCACGAUCAUUGCAUGGAGCUUUUACAUGACCUUGACACAGUGGUUAAAGAGUUUUCUGCAUUAAUCUCUGAAAGCCGACAAAGACGUACCCCUGCACCUUUAUCGGCCAUAUCUUCUAGGCGAAGUAUAGACUCGCAAGAAUCUGCGGACGAAUUCUUCGAUGCCACCGACGGUGGAACUGCGCACUCGCAACUCCUUACCAUUCGUCGCGAUAGCUCAGGGGCUCGUUCGCACGAUGACGUCUCCGAUGGUGGAUCCGAAUCAUCCUCUGACAACGAAGGAGGUGGCUUCUUUGACAACCGCGCAUCCUUGGAAGUUCAGCCAUCCAUCUUUCCAAAGAAGCCCAAGUCCUUGACUCCACUCCCGUCAGACCCAGUGCCCCGUCGCAGAGAUGUCCCAAUAUCGAAGACUACGCCUCCAAGUCUGAUCGCUUUCCUCAGGAAGAAUGUCGGGAAGGAUCUUAGUACCAUCGCUAUGCCUGUAACAUCUAACGAGCCUACAUCUGCACUGCAACGUCUGGCCGAACAGCUCGAAUAUACCGAGCUCCUCGACACCGCGACUCAAGUUCCCGCGGAGACAGGGGAGCGCCUGGUAUACAUGGCUGCCUUUGCCAUUUCCGCCUUUAGCAAUGCUCGCGUCAAGGAACGCGCCGUGCGCAAGCCGUUCAACCCUAUGCUAGGCGAGACCUUCGAGCUCGUCCGUGAAGACAAAGGCUUUAGAUUCGUUGCUGAAAAAGUCGUUCAUCGGCCCGUACGCAUGGCAUGUCACGCUGAAUCUACGAAUUGGACGUUUGUCCAAGCUCCCACCCCAGUCCAGAAGUUCUGGGGUAAAAGUUUUGAAAUCAACACCGACGGGAAGGCAAGAGUGUUCUUGCACGACGCAGGUGAGCACUACAGCUGGACCAUCGCAAGCAGCUUUCUCCGGAACGUCAUCGCCGGCGAAAAAUACAUCGAGCCCACAGGCACCAUGACAGUCCUCUGCGAGACAACAGGCGCAAAGGCCGUCUGCACGUUCAAAGCAGGCGGUAUGUUCGCCGGCCGCUCCGAGGAAGUCACCGUGCAGACAUUCGACAACUCGGGCAAUACGCUCACCGCCGGCGCGCAGGGCAAGUGGACGAGCGACCUCGUGCUCACGCCCACGGGCAAGACAGUGUGGAAGGUCGGCGCGCUCGUCGACAAGCCCGAGAAGCACUACGGGUUCACCACGUGGGCGGCGAGUUUGAAUGAGAUCAGCCCGCUAGAGAAAGACCACCUUCCACCGACGGACUCAAGGCUCCGGCCCGACCAGCGCGCGGCGGAAAACCAGGACAUGGAUUCUGCGGAGGGGCUUAAGGCGCGUCUGGAAGAGCGGCAGCGCGCGAGGAGGCGUGUCAUGGAGGAGCAUGGGGAGGAGUGGACGCCCAAGUGGUUUGUCAAGGGUGGACCCGAGGUGGAGAGUGCGUUGGGCGGCGAGGAGGUGUGGCGGCUCAAGUCUGGGAAGGAGGGGUACUGGGAGUGUCGUGAGCGGGGGGACUGGGAGGGCGUCACGGAUGUGUUCCAGUUGUAGAGGGGCUGCGGGGCGCAUGCAUUGGAAAGCAUGAUGACAUCGUGAAUGUGAGAGCAAAAACGAAAUCUACGGUGGUCCCUAUGUCAUCUUGUGCGAGAAGAGAAACAUGUGUUGCCUCAAGAUCUUGGGUGUAUUUGGAAGGUUGAGCCUCGCGAUCAAGCGAGGUAUCAGCAAUUCUACGAUGUAGCAGGGUCUUUUGUGUGGGGAAAGUUCACAGAUGCCUGAUGCCCGUCGCGCCA